AAAAGUUGGAAAAUGAAUAUUCCUCUGUUUCCGGUUGAUCUUCGGCAGAACAUCGGAGUUUUUAUCGCCUCAAUUCGAUCUACUUCCAAUUGAAGAUGAUGGUAAAUAAUUGGAAUCUCGUUCUUCUCUUGGUGAUAUUUGUUCUGGCGUCAGCAGCUGCUCACGCCUCAUCUUGCAACCAAUCCUGCCGCAACAACCCGAGGAAUCGAGUCCCCUUCCCUUUUGGAUUCUCAGAGGGUUGUCAAAUCAGUCUAAAUUGCAGCGGAGACGGUGAAAUCUUCAUCGGCGAUUUCCCAGUACAGAGCGUAAUCACGGACAGUAUCGUGGUCACAAUACCAGUUCAAUGCAACCGUUCAAUCGAACACCUAAAGCAGCUCUUCAGUCAGAACUACGCGCUGACAUGGAAGAAUGAGCUUUUAUUGUAUCAGUGUCACCCGCAAUUCUCCGGUUGUUUGAUAUCUCCAACGCUGGUGGAGUCUUAUUUUAACAUGAAAACAUGCAAACCAAAGAACGAGAAUUUAAGCUGCCUAGCGAAAGGAGGCAAUAGUGCUGGUUUCAUGACUUUCGAUUACGUGAAUCAAAGCAACUGUGGGCUCUUGUUCUCAGCGAUCGCCGUUCAUUCGAAUUUGACUUCGUCGGUUUCGAUGCAGUUACAGACGGUCGAGCUGGGGUGGUGGCUAGAAGGGCAGUGUAGCCAAUGUUCUCCGAAUGCCAAUUGUACUCAAAUUACAUCUCCGUAUAACGGAAAGUCAGGAUUCCGGUGCCGCUGCAAUGACGGCUUCGAAGGAGAUGGUUUCAAGGCUGGACUUGGUUGCCGCAAAGUUUCUUCCAAUUGCAACCCUUCGAAGUACAUGUCUGGUCAAUGUGGUGGAACCACAAGAGUUGCUGUUCUGGUGGGAGGCCUUGUUGCUGGAGCCUGUAUAAUGGCUGGUCUAGCUGUUAUUUGCUACUUUGUCCGACAACAGUCCACUUUUCUCAAAACCCGAAAGAGCACAAAACGCUUACUUUCUGAUGUUGCGGGGAACUGUAGCAUCCCUUUUUAUCCAUACAAGGAAAUUGAGAAAGCCACAAAUGGUUUCGAGGAAAAACAAAGGCUAGGAACUGGUGCCUAUGGAACAGUUUAUGCAGGAAAACUCCACAAUGAAGAGUGGGUUGCCAUUAAAAAGAUCAGACACCGAGACACUGAUGGUAUUGAGCAGGUCAUGAACGAAAUCAAGCUUCUUUCAUCUGUUAGCCAUCCAAAUCUAGUCCGUCUCUUGGGUUGCUGCAUAGAGAGAGGUGAACAGAUCCUUGUUUAUGAAUACAUGCCAAAUGGAACUCUAUCUCAGCAUCUACAGAGGGAGAGAGGCAAUGGUCUUCCUUGGACAAUUCGCCUCACCAUUGCCACUGAAACUGCUCAAGCCAUCGCCCAUCUCCACUCCGCCAUUUACCCGCCAAUAUACCACAGGGAUAUUAAAUCCAGUAACAUCCUAUUAGACUAUAAUUUCAACUCGAAAGUAGCUGACUUUGGUCUUUCCAGACUAGGUAUGACAGAGGAUUCCCACAUCUCCACAGCUCCACAAGGGACGCCGGGGUAUCUUGAUCCUCAAUACCAUCAGAACUUCCACCUUUCUGAUAAAAGUGAUGUUUACAGCUUUGGGGUUGUUCUUGUGGAGAUUAUUACUGCUUUGAAAGUGGUGGACUUCUCUCGGCCUCACAGUGAAGUGAAUUUGGCUGCACUUGCUAUUGAAAAGAUUGGGAAGGGUUGUAUUGAUGAGAUAAUAGACCCGUUCCUUGAGCCACAUACGGAUGCUUGGACACUUUCAUCUGUGCACAAGAUGGCGGAGUUGGCUUUCAGAUGUCUAGCAUUUCAUAGGGAUAUGAGGCCUUCUAUGAUGGAAGUUGCUGCUGAGCUAGAGCGCAUCAGGCUUAGUGGAUGGGACCCUCUCGAAGAGGGCAUCUCCGUCGAGUCGUCAAGUGCAUCCACUUGCUCAUCACCUCACAAUGGAAGUGAAAAGUCUCUGGGAGUAAGAAUUGAAAAGGUCCGUUCAGGGAGUAGGAGACUGCUAGUGCCACAGAAGGGUGACUCUGUAUUACAGAUUGAGGUGAAGGAUAGCUCUCCUGUUUCUGUGCAGGAUCCAUGGGCCAGUGGACAGAGCUCCCCUUCUACCAACAGUUUAUUGGUUCAUGUAAUACACUAAGGUAAAAGCUGCUUUUUUGUGUCAUAGCAGCAUGCAGCAUUACCACACCUUAUGAAUCUCUCUCUUUCUCUCAUAUUUGUGCAUCCUAGUUAGAAAUUGUGAUUAUCUCCCUCCAUUCUUAUCUGAAAUAUGGAGGGUAUAGAGUGAAACAAUGUAGAAGCCAGCAUUAAACAAGUGAAGGGUAUAUAGAAAAAGAAUGUACAGAGGAAUUGCUGAAA